GUGAAGCGCAUCGACUGUGCGACGGUGACAGAGGAGGACCUGCAGCUUGUAGAGGCAGACUUCUCUUCCAAGUCCAUGAUCGUGUGUGAAUGGUUGGUAUUGUCCCCACUGACCGGCUUUGCCUUCUGGUUCUCCGUGGAGUUCAACAACCAUCCCAGCCCUAUCGCCUCGCCCACCCACUCCCAACCAUCUGCCGCCCCUCCUGCUCCUCCUGCUCCAACCAUUGCUCCCAAUAAGGAAUGCACCCGCUUCCUUGACAUUGAUCUCUCCUACCACAUGUUACCCAUGCUCGGGCCAUCAUGCCAUGGGCAUGCUAUGGGCUCCGGGAAUCUCGAGAAUAUCUCUGAACCUGUCUCGCCGCUCACGCCGCCGUCGCCCCAGACCCCCACCUUCUCUCCGCCCGUCUCUUUCUUCUCCCCGCGUCUCUCCGCGCCCUUCCGCCCGCUCCUCUUCUCCCCGUUCACCUGCGGAACCUCCUCCCCACCCGUGUCUCCCUCCACCUCAACAUCCCGCCACCACCCUUCCAGCAACGACGUUCUAUUCAAAUCCCAGUCCCAGGACCUCCCCACUCCCGCUCUCGAUCCCCCAGAACCGCUUCUGCUGACGCCUCCGUUCCUCACGCCGCAUGACCCCGACGGUCCCAGUUCAACGGCGGCUGGGGGACGAGCCGGGGUGGUGCGCGCUUGCAGGAAUACAUGGGGAGAAAGCGCGGAUGAAGGGGAAUCUACUUCGGGAUUUUCUUCCGGGAAGAGUUCCUCCGGUGGCGGCGGCGGCGGGCGGAAGGUGCGCGGACCAGUAGGCCGUUUACUAUUCGAUGAUGAGGGGGACGGGGAGGAAAGGCGGAAGUGUGCGGGGCGGAAGGAAGUAGAUUUGGUGGUGGAUUCGAAAGAAGAUCCCAGGUCGAGGAAUUCGCAGGCUGCGGAGGGCAAUUCGCAAGGGAGGAAUCUGUCCUGCGAGGUAAAAGUGCAUGCGGGGGGUGUGAGACUCACGAGGGACGACUGCGCGUUGUCCGCAUCUUCCGAGUCUCCGUUUUCGCCGCGUGCACCCGCAGCAGACGCAUCGGCGGCAGGGAAAGCUGCGAACGGCCGUCCGCAGUUCCCGGGCGGGCACGUGGCCGCAGCGGAUAGGUGCCGGGUGCUCGCGGAAGAGACGGCGCGACUGGAGGAGGAGUACGAGGUGGGGGAGUGGCUGGGCAGCGGGCACUUCGGGUGCGUACGGGUGUGCCGGGAGCGGCGCUCGGGCCGCCUGCUGGCGUGCAAGUCGAUCGACAAGUCGAAGCUCAGAUACUGGGAGGACAGGGAGGACGUGCGGCGGGAAGUGGCGGUGAUGUGCGUGGUGGGCGCAGGCGGAAAUGAUGCGGAGAAGGCGGGCGGCGCGGGGAAGACAGCAAAUGGGGGAAACGAAAGUAGCGGAAGGCGCAGCGGAGGGAAGCAGUGCGGAGACGGAAAAGGGGGGUUACGGGAGGCGGAUGCUGACGGGGGAGCGGCGGGCGGAGCGGAGAGUAGAACGGAAGGCGGAGAGGACGGCGGAGCGUGGGGCGGAGAAGGCGGCGGGUGCGUGCGGCUGCACGGCGUGUUGGAGGACGGCGCGGCGGUGCAUCUGAUCAUGGACCUGUGCGCGGGGGGCGAGCUCUUCGACACUGUCGUGUCGCGCGGGCGACUCGCGGAAGACGAGGCCCGACACGUCAUGGCGCAGGUGGCAGCAGCGGUGCGGCACUGCCACGCGCUGGGUGUGCUGCAUCGCGACCUCAAGCCGGAAAACAUCCUGCUUCAACUCCACCACUCGCUCACUCCCUCCCGCCCUCCCUCCGCCAACGGACCCACCCUCCCCUCCUCCUCCUCCUCUCCCUCUUCCUACUCCCCUUCCGCGUCCUCCAACGAUUUUGCCGAUUCCCCCUCGUCCGCGGCCUCGUGCCACCCGCUGCCCGCUCAAAGCAACGCUAGCUCCGCGCGCCGCUCGCACCCGUCCCUCCUUUCCCCCAACAUCCGCGUGAGACUCGCGGAUUUCGGGCUCUCCGUGUUCCUGCCCCCCGGGCAGCUAGUAAAAGGUUUAGCGGGCAGCCCGUACUAUCUGGCGCCAGAGGUUCCGAGCGGGUGGUACGGGUUCCCGGCAGACAUAUGGAGCCUUGGCGUGGUGCUGUUCCUCAUGCUGUCAGGACACGUACCGUACUAUGGGCAGACAGACGCGGAGAUUCUAAGAGCCAUUGCCGUGGGGUCGCUGGAAGGGGAAGAGGAGGAGGACGGGGAGGGGCAAGCGGAAGGGGAAGGGGAAAGGGGACAGGUGGUGGGAGAGGUGGGGAAGGUGGAGAGGAAAGCGGGCAGGGGGAAGGAGAGGAAGGGGGUGUGGAAGAGGAUGUGUGGGGAGGAGUGGGCGGGGGUGAGCGAGGAGGCGAAGGAGUUGGUGGCGUGGAUGCUGAGGCGGCGACCGGAGGAGAGGCCUACUGCACAGCAGGUGCUGCUGCACCCGUGGAUGCAAAUGAGAGGCACGGGGGGGAUAGGUGCAAGGGAGGAUGGGCAGAGUGCGGGGGCGCGUGUGGAAGAGGUUGGUGGAGGGAAAGGUGCAGGAAACGCAACUAGGUCUGCGCUGUCCCCGUCCCCUUUACAAGGCGCUGCGAUACAAGGGUGUGUUGAGCCGCCAGUGCUGCACGCCCUGUUGGUUUGCUCCGGUCCUGAGCUUGGAGAAGAGUCUAGUGGGGUGGCGAGCGGUGCAGGGGAAGAGAGAGGGGUGGAGUGGAGUGGAGAUGUGGCUGUCGUUCAGGAGGAGGCAAUGGUGGAAUGGAGUAGCGGGGAGGUAGAGUGGAGAGGGGAGCAGGAGGAGUUGGAGGAAGCAGAUGGAGGGGAGGAUAUGUGGGAGAGAAUUGAGUUGUCGGAGAGUGACGGGGACAGCUGCAGGAGCAUCAGCAGUGUAUGUGUGGGUGGUGGAUAUGCGAGUUGCAGUGCUGAUGCAAGUGAAGCAACUGUGGUGCAGGACUCGAAUGGUGACCACAGCAGCCGCCUCGGGGAAGAAGAGUGGCAGGAGCAGCAGGAGCAGCAAGGGCGGCAGCAGGGAGAGUUCGCCAAGAGCAGCGGUGGCAGCAGUGGGAGCAGUGGUGGCAGCAGUGAGAGCCGCCGUUGUGGGAUGGGCGCAGUUGCCACGGUCGAGGGAGGUGUAGUGGCGGAGGGUGCAGUGGUGAAGGGAGUGGUGGACGGAGCAGUGGUGCAAGGGCAGACACAUGAUGUGGGAGCCCACAGCAGUUCUCCUCCAGAUAAUGUUUCUCGUGAGUUUCCUGCUGUGACCCUACCUCUCCACCCUUUGCUUCCGGUUCCCGUUAUCUUCGUGUUCUUUCCUGCGCACUAUGCGGGGCGGGUGGUGGCGCUGGUGAGUGGGGCGAGCAGGGGCAGCGAGGCGGCGUGGAGGGCGUUUCUCGCGCAGCUCACAGAGACCAUCUUCUUCAUGGCUGCCUCUGUUGUGCUGGGGGCGGUGGGCACUAUGGUGCGGACGUUCCUCUUCUCAUCUGCCAGUGAGCGCGUAGCGGCGCACAUCAAGACCAAGCUCUUCCGAUGCCUGCUCGCCCAGGACAUGGCACUGUACGACAGUGUGCGGGUGGGCGAGGUGGCAAGGCGGCUGACAGACGACACGGGGCUGGUGAGGAGCGCGCUGGGCACGGGCACACCAGAGGGCCUGCGCUCCCUCUCCACUGCUGCCUGCGGCCUGCUGCUCAUGCUCGCCAUCUCGCCCACUCUCACAGUGCUGGCGCUCGUGGUGCUGGUGCCCGUGGCAGUGGCAGUGCGGCACUACAGUUACGCCAUUAGAGCCCUGGCCAGGGACGCCCAUGCUGCUGCUGCCACUGCUGCCGCCGUCGCAGAGGAAGUGCUGCAGGGCAUUCGCAUGGUGCGGUGUUUCUCGCAGCAAGAGUGGGAGCACAACCGCUUCGCACUGCUCACUAGACACUGCAUGCACAUGGGCGUCACACUCGCGUUCCGAGUGGGGCUGUUAUCAGGAGCAGUGUAUGCGGGUGCAGGGCUGGCAGUGGUGGUGGUGUUCGCGUAUGGAGCAUACCUGUCAGCCGCGGGAGCCAUGGACAUAGGGGACCUCGCAUGCUUCAUACUCAUUGCUGCCACCGUGGGCAUGUCCGUGGCAAAUCUAAGUGGCAUAUACGGCACGAUGGUGAGGGCGAUGGGGGCAGCGGAGAGGGUGCUGCUCAUGCUCAACAUGCACCCGCGCAUGCCACCCCAUGGCAACCGAUGCCCUCCCAUGGGCGGAGAGGGGCCAUGCCUGCUGUUUGACAGAGUGUGGUUCGCAUACCCCUCGCGACCGGAGCACUGGGUUAUCAAGGGUCUCCAACUCGCGUUGCCAUGGGGGCAUACAGUCGCUCUUGUGGGGGUCAGUGGAGGGGGCAAGUCCACUCUGCUGUCACUAGCGCUGCGCCUGUACGACCCCAGUGCGGGCCGCAUUCUGCUGGCAGGCGUGCCACUGCCUGACAUCGACAGCAACUACCUCCACUCCAAGGUGUCAGUGGUAUGGCAGGAGCCGCUGCUGGUGAGCCGUUCAGUGGCGGCCAACAUCAGUUACGGCGUUACCACCCCCGUGCCCCUCUCAGCCAUCCAACGCGCCGCCACCAUCGCCAACGCUCACCACUUCAUCUGCGCUCUGCCGCACGGGUACGACACGGAGGUGGGGGAGAGGGGCGUGCGGCUGACAGGGGGGCAGCGGCAGCGCAUCGCCAUAGCACGUGCAGUCCUGCUGGAUCCACAGCUGCUGCUGCUGGAUGAGGGCACGGCCAAGAGUGAUGCUGAUAGCGAGCAUCUCGUGCAGGCAGCUAUGGACGAGCUCAUGAAAGGCCGCACAGUACUAGUGAUAGCGCACCGGCUCUCUACAGUCAAGGCGGCACACACAGUGGCAGUGGUGGCGGGGGGAGAGGUGGUGGAGAAGGGCGGGCAUGAGGAGCUGGUGAGCACAGGGGGCAUGUAUGCCCGCCUCGCAGGGGAGAGGGGCGAAGGAGAAGGGGAAAGUGAAGGGCACAGGCAAGGGGGAGGGGGAGGCCAAGUGGGAGGGGGAGGCCAAGGGGGUGGGGGAGGCCAAAGGGGAGGGGGAAGCCAACGGGAAGGGGGAGGGCAAUGGGGAGGGAGAGGGGAAGAGGAAGGGAGAGGGGGAGGGCAAAGGGGAGGGAGAUGGGAAGGGCAAGGGAGAGGGGAAGAGGAGGAAGGGAAACGUGUGGGCUUGAGGCAGUUGGGUGACACUCGUUCAUGGCAACACUUACUGUCACUGCAGCGCCAUUACUCCAACAUCCCCUCCCACAACCCUCCGCCCGCCACUCCCUCAACCUCAUCCCCCGUGCAGCCGUUGUCCCACCACACUCUCCGCUCCUCCUCCCUCACCAUCCCCUUCCUUUCCCUCUCCGCUGACGUCAGCCCUCAACCUGCCUCCUCCUCCUAUUACUCGUCUCCUUCCUCUCCUCCCUGUGCGCCCCCAAGCCAUGCAACCGGUACCACUGGCUUUGCAAGUGCCAGGAUUGAGGCGUCUCAACGCUCUGAGAGCUCCACACCACCAACCAUCUCACCUCCUCAUCUCUCCAACCCUCUGCCUUCUCCCCCUCCCCUUCUCCCGUCCCUUACCUUUCCUCCUCCCCUUCCACAUCCCCAUUCUCCUCCCCAUCAUCUCCCCCCAUGCCCUUCCUCUCUUCGCGUCCCUUUCAUGGCAUCUCCACAUUACUCGCUUCAGGCCAACCACUCGGCCCUUUCUUCUCUUCCACUUUCUCCUCCUCUCUAUCACUCAUAUCCUCUUCCAUAUCCGCUUCUAUUUCCUCUUCCGUCUCCCUCCCCUCCUCAUCCCUCCCACAUUCCUCCACUUUCGCUCCCCAUUUCCUUCUCCCUGCCUCCUCCCUCCCUGCCUCCUCCUUCCCAGCCUCAGCACUCUCUUCCUUACCCCUUCUACCAUCCUCUCUUUCCUCUCCUUUCCAUCCUGGACCUCUCCUCUCCUCUCACACCCGGCCUUGGGGAUUAUUCCUCUUUCAGCAUGUCCCCCACCAUCUCUCCCGCCAUCCCCCCCACCAUCCCCCCCACCACCCCUCCCACCACCCCUCCCACCAUCCCCCCCACUCUCCCUCCCUUUACCUCUGUCUAUAUCCCGCCUGCCAUCCCUCGUUCCACUCCUCUCAGCACCUCAGCAACCCUCUCGACCUCCCACAUGCCCUUCCCUCCUACCAGCACCUUGCACUCUCAAGGCCCCUAUUCUCUAGCGCCCUCUGCCCAAUUCUUUUCUCCCAGCCGUUCCCCAAUGCUGCCUGUUGCUGCUGCUGGGGCAGAGGCGGAGGAAACGGGUGCAGCAGGGAGUGAUGGAAGUCAGCACCAAGAGGAGGAGGAGGAGGAGGAGGAGGAGGAGGAGGAGGAGGAGGAGGAGGAGGAGGAGGAGGAGGAGGAGGAGGAGGAGGAGGAGGAGGAGGAGGAGGAAGAGGAAGAGGAGGAGAAGGAGCAGCAGAGGCAAUAG